GAGGAAAGAGUCGCGCUAAUGGAAGAACCGGUGGCGGCGGAGGAGCCCGAUUCAUAUACAGAUCUCCCUCCGCCACAGCAACGGCGGCGCUCGAUCUGCGAGGGAUGCGACCGGCCGAAACCGGUGUGCCUCUGCCACGUCAUCCCCAACCCGCCGAUCCCAACCGCAACGCGAAUCGUAAUCCUGCAGCACCCUCACGAGUCCCGCCACAAGCUCAGCACGACGCCGCUAAUCACCAAAUCACUCUCCAACGCGGCCUCGGCGGUGGCGCGCAGGCUCACCCCGGGCCUCCUCCGCCGUCUCCUCCCCGACGGGAGUAGCGGCGAGCUCCCUCGCAACGUAUUCUACCUCUUCCCGCCCACUCCCUCAUCGCCAGAGGCAGUCUCUCUUUCGGACCUCAGGCAAUCGCUGGCGGAGAUCUCGAGCAAGGGGGAAGCGAGCGUCGUGAUCGCGUUCGACGCGACGUGGAAGCACGCGAAGGAGAUGGUGGCGGCGAGCGAGGGGUAUUUGAGUAAAUUCGCGAGGAGGGCGUGCUUGGACGGGUUCGAUAGCGCGGUGGAAGGAGGGAGCAUAUACGAAUCGGAGCUGGUGCUGAGGAAGGAGCCGUGCGGUGGCUGCGUGAGUACGCUGGAGGCGGUGGCGCGGUGGGUGGGAGCGGCGGAGGAGGAGGAAGGAGGAGGAGGGGCGGAGAUUGAAGGGAGGCUGAUUGGGUUGUUGAGGGAGGCGGUGAGGUUGCAGGCCCAGUUUCUGAAGCCCGUCAAGCCCCGGCCCAAGUUGUUGAAGAAGAAUAGGCGGGCGGAUCAACAGCAACCGGACCGAACGAUACUCUAUAUCGUCGCUGUCCCCGCAUUAGGAUAUGGAGUGUGCUUGCCAGGGUUAAUCAUGUCAGGCAAGUAUGUAAUCGCUGCUAUAGCAGCAUCAUUCCCAAUUGCCUAUUUAUGCGACACACUUGUAUCUGAUGUGAAGAUAUUUGGCGGCUCCACUCCGGGUACAGUCUCGAACAAGGAAUGGUGGGAGGAGACUGACAAGAAAUUCCAGGCAUGGCCUCGCACUGCCGGUCCACCAGUUGUGAUGAAUCCCAUCAGUCGCCAGAACUUCAUCGUUAAGUCCCGAGAUUAAAAGCUUAUUGUCUCUCAUGAUGGGUUUGAAAAUAACUUAGUUCAACUACAUUACGUAUGGCCAUUAAUACUUCUUCAUUAUCAUGUUUCUGAGGCCUUGAUGUCAAGAUACCCUCCGUGGAAAAAGGAAGUUGGUUGUGAGUUCUGUUUCUUGAAUCGUAAUAAAUUUUGUUUUUGACGCAUUGAGGCACUUUAGUUGCCUGCUUGCUAUACAUAUGGUUUCCCUUUGCUACCUCCCUUCUUCUUUCCAGUCUCUCCCCGAGUUAACGAAAUUGUUCAAUUGUUAAUGAAGAGCUCAAGAGGAAAACAUUCAAUGGUUGUGUAUUGCUUGUCCUGUUAGGUACAUAUUGUUAAUUUCUGCAGGUAGUGUUUGUGG